AACAUGCACCACAGCAGCACCCUGACCCUGUUUGACCUGAAUGGAACGGGACCUUAAUUAUUAUCAUGUUUAUACUACUAUUCAAGUCAAUGCAGUGAUGCUAGCAAGCUUUUGUGUACUUUGGACAACUUUAUCUCUUCCAGACUUUGCUUGUGUACUCAGGUGUUUGUGACCAUGACCAUUGCUUCUGCAAACACUCUGUCCAUGCCCAGUAUCUGUGUUUGAUAUCCAUCCAAGUCCCCUGCCUGCCAGUGUGCUCUUUGGCUGAUGGUUGACCACCAUGGUUCUGAACAUCCCCGGUGUGGUUGCAGUGGUCUUGUUCUAUAUCCUGAUUUUGGGGACAGGGGUGUGGGCCGCCCGAAAGUCCAGGAAGGCUGAGAGGAAGAGCCAUGGAGACAGGACUGAAGUGGUGCUCCUUGGAGACAGAAAUAUCAACCUGGUGGUUGGCAUUUUCACCAUGACUGCUACAUGGGUCGGAGGUGGUUUUAUCCUGGGUGUGGCUGAGGCGGUGUAUAAUCCUAAAAUGGGCUUAAUAUGGGCUCUGAUGCCUUUACACUACUCUGUGUCCUUCAUAUUUGGUGGUAUUUUCUUUGCCAAGCCAAUGAGGGACAAGAAGUAUAUCACCAUGAUGGACCCAUUCCAGAUUAGGUAUGGCAAAGUACUGAGUGGUGCUCUAGUGCUGCCCGUUCUGCUGGUGGAUCUGCUGUGGGUGUCCUGUACUCUGCUUGGCUUAGGAGCAACUAUGAGUGUGAUUCUGGACUUGCCCUUUGUCUAUUCUGUCUGGAUUUCAUCAGCUGUGGCCAUUAUCUACACUUUGUUAGGAGGCCUUUAUUCAGUGGCCUACACUGACAUCAUCCAGCUCUCUCUAGUUUUCAUCAGUUUGUGGUUGUGUAUCCCUUUCCUGCUCCUCAACCCUACUUCUACAAACAUUGCCCAGACUGCGUUCAACCACACCUUCCAAGAACCCUGGAUCGGCACUCUGGACCACGACAGCAUCUGGAAGUGGAUUGAUGACUUUUUAAUGCUUGGUCUUGGAAGUGUUUCAUUUCAGAGCUUCCACCAGAGGACGCUGUCCGCCUCCUCACCACUAACAGCCCAGCUCACCUGCUAUGCUGCUGCCCUUGUCAUCGCCAUACUGGGUAUCCCCCCUGCCUUGGUUGGGGCUGUUGCUGCCUCCACAGACUGGAACCUGACGCUGUACGGAUCUCCAGCUCCAUAUGUACGUGGGGAGCAUAGUUUGAUCCUGCCUCUGACCUUACAGUACCUCACUCCGUCUUACGUCUCAAUCAUUGGAAUUGGAGCCGUGGCCGCUGCUGUCAUGUCAUCCACAGACUCGGGCCUGUUGUCUGCAACGUCUGUUUUCACCUCAAACAUCUACAAGAACAUCCUACGUGAACAGGCAUCUGACAAUGAAAUGCAAUGGGUGAUUCGUGUCACAGUGGUGGUGGUGGGUCUGGUUGGAACAUCUAUAACGUUCUACACCAAGAGCACCCUGAUCCUCUGGCUUCUUGGUGCUGACGUCUCCUACACCCUUAUGUUCCCCCAUCUGGUCUCCGUGCUCUUCUUCAAAGUGACAAACGGUUAUGGUGCCAUGGUGGGUUACAUCAUAGGGCUGACUGUAAGGAUUCUGUUGGGCGAGAACACUGUAGGUCUUCCUGUUGUUCUUCAUCUUCCUGGUUGCACAUUGGAAGAAGGCAUUUACGUCCAAAAGGCCCCUGUCAGGACAGUCGCCAUGCUCUGCACUUUUGUAACCACCUUACUUUUUUCCUUGCUGGCUUUGUUCAUGUUCAACCACGGCCUGUUGCCUCAAAGGUGGGACAUUUUCAAAGUAAAACAUAGUGUUACUGCAUCACCAGCAGAUGCUGUCACACAGGAGCUCAGAGAAAAUGGAGGUGAUGCUGAGUGUGACGAGAACAGACGUGGAGUUGCCUUACAGCCGAUAUUACAGACUGGAUCAUAACUUUCUUUUUGUAAAGUUUCCAGCCUGAAUUUUAUUAUGGUCUUGAACUUUUAUUAUGAAGUGUGUAUAUUUUGAGGAAGCACAAAGUUUAAUAAAUUUAUUUUGAACUGUUAAUA